CCUGACUGUAAACUGCACUCAUCAGAUCUCUCGAGUCCAUACCAUACCAUACCAUACCUAUAUCACCCCAUCCAGCCAACCACCUUCAAACCACGUACCAAACAUCAGCAAAGGCAUGAUCACCCAGACCCAACCAUGUCUCCAAUACUAACUCCCAUUCAGAUGGUACACGGACUCUGCCACCCUGCAUCCCCUGGUUGCCAGUGCAUGGAUGUUCUAGACGUUUGGGAGAGGGAUGAGAACGGGCGCCGCAAUUUCCUCGGCCACAUGGUCGCGGAAAGAGACGAGCGCGGCCAGAUCGUCCCGCCGUCUGUCCCAGACAACUGGGAAGUCUUCACGGGCGAGCCGAGCCGCUACGAGCUGCACAUGCAAGCCCAAUGGGCUCAGGAAAGGGAGCAGCAGCAGCAGCAGGCCGCCAUGGCCGCCAUGGUUCAGUCUGGCGGAUACAAUAGCGGCGUGCACCAGGCCUUCGUGCCUACUGUGGCUCAGCCUGGCGGCUUCAAUAGGGACUUUAUCUUAUUGGAUGGGCCGGCCGCGGAGCAGCAGGGCGGCCAUGACAUGAUCGCCAGACCAUCUGACGCCCCCUCCGAAGGUCUGUUGGCACAAAAUCCCAAUACGCUGUUUGACGGCCACCAGGAGGCUCUCGAACUAGCCGGUGUCGACGUACUGAUUGAUAGCUCAGACCCCAUUCUUGGGGAUGUUCAACUGUGGGCGGAUCUUUUCGGGCACUCGCCUCCUGAGAACCUGGCUUGCUUUGACUAUGCUCUGGAGACCUUGAACAACAGUUGGGAGGAAAUUGGGGGCCGGACUUGAGUUUUGUCUUUGCUUUUGUCUUGCAUUGUUUUCUUCGGCGUUGGAGAUUGGGUUCUGGAUGUUGUGUGUUGCUGUUUUCGCGUUUUUGCACGAUAUGUAGUCCCCUUGUUCGUUUUACGCAUGCUGUUUUCUAUUGACAAUGAAC